AGGCUUUUCAGUUUUCAGUCCUCUGUGUAGACACAGUGUAUGGGUGCAGACAUGUCGAGCAGCAAAAUGAUGAAAGCAAUCAGGGUCAGCGAGUUCGGAGCCCCGUCGGUCCUCAAAAUGGCAUCUGUGAGCAUCCCUCAGCCCGGACCCGGAAAGGUGUUGAUUCGUGUUCACGCCUGUGGAGUGAAUCCUGUGGAAACUUACAUCCGGUCUGGGAACUUUGAGAAACCCCCCCUGCCAUAUACACCGGGUAGUGAUGCAGCAGGAGUGGUGGAGUCUGUUGGAAAGGAAGUCACUUCAGUGAAGAAAGGUGAUCGUGUUUACACCACAGCCACCGAAUCAGGAAGUUAUGCAGAAUACACAAUCGCUGCUGAGGACUGUGUUCACAAGCUGCCUGAUGUUUUAGACUUUGCUCAGGGAGCAGCCAUUGGGAUCCCAUAUUUCACUGCUUUCAGAGCUCUGGUUCACAAAGCUCGUGUCAAAGCCGGACAAACCAUCCUCAUCCAUGGAGCCACUGGAGGGGUGGGUAUCGCUACCUGCCAGCUCGCUCGUGCUAUGGGCCUCAAAGUUCUGGGAACAGCAGGGACUCCAGACGGGAUGAAGCUGAUUACCAAGAAUGGAGCUCACCUGGCUUUCAAUCACAGAGAAAAAGGAUACACUGAUAAAAUCAUGGCAGCCACAGGUGGCAAAGGUGUAGAUGUCAUUAUGGAGAUGCUGGCAAAUGUCAACCUCAAUAAAGAUGUGGAGAUGGUGGCCAAAAGAGGACGUAUUGUGAUUAUUGGCUCCAGAGGUACCAUCGACAUCAACGGUUGGGAUAUCAUGGCUAAAGAGGCCAUAAUCGUGGGAGUGUUCAUUUUCUACGCUACACUGGAGCAGAACAAAGAGUGUGAAGAGUACCUCUUUUCAGGGAUGGAGGCUGGUUGGCUGCGUCCACUCGUUGGUCCUAAGUAUACGCUGGACAAAGCUGCCCAGGCCCACAAAGACAUCAUCGAGUCCUCCGGGGCUGCUGGGAAGAUGAUCCUGACCAUGUGAUGACAGCAACAUACCACAGGUCACAGAGUGGCUGUUUUUAAAAGGUAGAGUCUGAAGGUGCAACAAAACUGGUUCAUAAAGCUUUGCUCUGAAAUCAUGUCUGAUUAUUUUGGCUGUAGAAGGGAAAUGUGCUUGCACACUAUCUUCAAGUUUACCAAUGGUGAUAAUUAUAUGUGCUAAUAUGAGGAUCAUUUCAAGAUACAAAUGAUAGUUUUAAGGAUGUUUUCCAUCCAAAAUACUACUCUGUCCUGUAAUUCAACCUGGUUGCUAUGGGGUACAUGAUGAGCAAAUUGUGUAAUUAGCAUAAUUAGGUCAUUUUCAGGUAAAACUAUGAUGCAAUCCAAUGCUAUGGUCUUUGUAGUCAUGAACUUUCAAGACACAAACACAUCAGCAAGCUUUUGUUUUGUUAAUCAAAUAAAACACUGUUAUUACAUUCAGUA